AUGGCGAUUUCCCUGAAAAAUGGCAGCGAAGGAGGGAUAUUCGAAACUGUGGAAAAUGAACCUGUUAAUGUUGAAGAAUUGGCUUUCAAGUUUGCAGUUACCAACAUUAAUAGAAACAGAACACUGAUGCCUAAUACUACAUUAACCUACGACAUCCAGAGAAUUAACCUUUUUGAUAGUUUUGAAGCCUCAAGAAGAGCAUGUGAUCAGCUUGCUCUUGGUGUAGCUGCCCUGUUUGGACCGUCCCACAGCUCCUCCGUUAGCGCAGUGCAGUCCAUUUGCAACGCACUUGAGGUCCCACAUAUACAGACCCGAUGGAAGCACCCUACAGUGGAUAACAAAGAUGCGUUUUAUAUCAACCUCUAUCCAGACUAUGCAGCCAUCAGCAGAGCAGUUUUGGAUCUGGUACUAUAUUACAACUGGAAAAUAGUAACAGUAGUAUACGAAGACAGCACGGGUCUAAUUCGCCUGCAAGAGCUCAUCAAAGCCCCUUCUAGAUACAACAUUAAAAUCAAAAUCCGCCAGCUGCCCUCUGGGAAUAAAGAUGCCAGGCCUUUACUCAAGGAGAUGAAGAAGGGCAAGGAGUUCUAUGUGAUAUUUGAUUGCUCACAUGAAACAGCAGCAGAAAUCCUUAAGCAGAUUCUCUCCAUGGGAAUGAUGACAGAAUACUACCACUACUUUUUCACAACACUGGAUCUAUUUGCAUUAGAUCUGGAACCCUACAGAUACAGCGGAGUAAAUAUGACAGGGUUUCGCCUGCUCAACAUUGAGAACCCUCAGGUUUCAUCAGUCAUUGAGAAAUGGUCAAUGGAGCGUUUGCAGGCACCGCCGAAACCAGAGACUGGCCUCCUUGAUGGCAUGAUGACAACUGAAGCAGCUCUGAUGUACGAUGCUGUUUACAUGGUAGCAGUGGCCUCCCAGCGUGCCUCUCAAAUGACUGUCAGCUCCCUGCAGUGCCACAGACACAAGCCGUGGCGUUUUGGACCCAGAUUUAUGAAUCUGAUCAAAGAGGCACGGUGGGAUGGCCUAACAGGGCGCAUUACCUUCAACAAAACUGAUGGCUUACGGAAGGAUUUUGAUUUGGACAUUAUUAGUCUCAAGGAGGAAGGAACAGAAAAGGCUGCUGGCGAGGUUUCUAAUCAUUUAUAUAAAGUGUGGAAGAAGAUUGGGGUUUGGAACUCAUACAGUGGCCUUAACAUGACGGACAACAAUAAGGACAGAUCAACCAAUAUCACCGAUUCUUUGGCAAACCGGACACUUAUUGUCACAACCAUUUUGGAAGAUCCCUAUGUUAUGUACAAGAAGUCUGACAAGCCUUUGUAUGGAAACGACAGAUUCGAGGGUUAUUGCCUGGAUUUACUGAAGGAGCUGUCAAAUAUUUUAGGCUUCAUCUAUGAGGUCAAACUAGUUUCUGAUGGUAAAUAUGGAGCCCAGAAUGACAAAGGAGAGUGGAAUGGGAUGGUCAAAGAACUCAUAGAUCAUAAAGCUGAUCUGGCUGUUGCUCCUCUCACUAUUACCUACGUAAGAGAGAAAGUAAUUGAUUUUUCCAAACCCUUCAUGACGCUGGGAAUCAGUAUCUUGUACCGGAAGCCCAAUGGCACAAACCCUGGUGUUUUCUCUUUUUUAAACCCUCUUUCUCCUGAUAUUUGGAUGUAUGUUCUCCUAGCCUGCCUUGGAGUGAGUUGUGUCCUCUUUGUUAUUGCAAGGUUUACACCAUAUGAAUGGUAUAACCCCCACCCGUGCAACCCAGACUCAGAUGUGGUGGAAAACAAUUUUACUUUACUAAAUAGUUUCUGGUUUGGAGUUGGAGCUCUCAUGCAGCAAGGAUCAGAGCUGAUGCCCAAAGCUCUUUCCACAAGAAUAGUUGGAGGAAUAUGGUGGUUUUUCACCUUAAUCAUAAUCUCAUCCUAUACUGCCAACUUGGCUGCCUUCCUGACCGUAGAGAGGAUGGAAUCCCCCAUCGACUCAGCGGACGAUUUGGCAAAGCAAACCAAGAUAGAGUAUGGGGCUGUUAGAGAUGGAUCAACAAUGACCUUCUUCAAGAAAUCCAAAAUAUCAACAUACGAGAAGAUGUGGGCGUUCAUGAGCAGCCGGCAGCAGACAGCGCUGGUGAAGAACAACGACGAGGGAAUCCAGCGUGUGCUCACGACGGACUAUGCGCUGCUAAUGGAGUCGACCAGCAUAGAGUACGUGACUCAGAGAAACUGCAAUCUCACUCAGAUCGGGGGGCUGAUCGAUUCGAAAGGCUACGGCGUGGGAACCCCUAUUGGCUCUCCGUACAGAGACAAAAUCACCAUUGCCAUUCUUCAGCUCCAGGAGGAGGGAAAGCUGCACAUGAUGAAGGAAAAGUGGUGGCGAGGCAACGGCUGCCCUGAGGAGGACAGCAAAGAGGCCAGCGCUCUCGGGGUGGAGAAUAUUGGGGGCAUCUUUAUAGUGCUUGCUGCAGGGCUUGUUCUUUCAGUGUUUGUAGCCAUUGGUGAAUUUAUAUAUAAAUCAAGGAAAAACAGCGAUAUCGAGCAGUGUCUUUCUUUCAAUGCUAUAAUGGAGGAGCUUGGAAUUUCACUCAAGCAUCAGAAGAAGUUAAAGAAAAGGUCGAGAACGAAGGGGAGAUCAUCAUUCACAAGUAUCCUUACUUGUCACCAGAGGAGGACGCUGAGGAAAGAAACCAUAGCUUGAGCAAGAAAGACCCCUUUGAGGAAAUAUCAGGAACAAAAACAAAACAAAAACAUUGCUGCCUACAAGUUGAUUGUGGGGGGAUUUCUGAAAUAUUGACAUUUACCUUGUUCUUCAGAAAUUCUCUGUGGUUUCUUUUUUUAAUCUAGAGGUACAACAGUUUAAAUGCUCACAUAGACUGAUGUACUACUAAUCAUCUGGGAAGUGUCUCACUAUUUCUUUUGAAAUGGAUUUGUAUGCUCACCUGUUUUGCAUCUCUCUUCCCCUCUCCAUGCAUUGCUGUAUGUGCUUUCUAAAUAAAUAAAUAAAUAAGAGACAGGGUUCUUUUUUCCAAUAA